CCAUCUUAUAUGUGGAGAUUCCGGUUGUUUCCACUGUUCUCCCGCUGCUCCUCAGAUCCUGGGGUUGGAUCGUACGUCCCUGAAGCUAACGUGUAGAGAGUUUUGGGCAGAAGAAUCCAGGGUCAAGCCACAACAGUUCUCUCCUUAAGCCACUCCAUUCUGUCCUCUCCCAGCUAUGCUGCCAGAGUGCACUAUGUUUUUCCAAGAGCAAGAAAAGAUGUAUAAGUCUCCGGAGUUGGUGUCAUUUGAGGAUGUGGCUGUGGACUUCACCUGGGAGGAGUGGCAGGAAUUGAAUGAUGCUCAGAGGACAUUGUACAGGGAUGUGAUGCUGGAGACCUAUAGCAGCCUGGUGUCUUUGGGGCACUGCAUUAGUAAACCUGAGGUGAUCCUCAAGUUGGAGAAAGGAGCCGAGCCAUGGAUGAUAGAAGAAAACCCAAACCAGAGCCUCCCAGAUGUCCUGAUAGUCAGUGACUUAAUUGAGAGAAGCAAAGAAAGUCAUGGUAGAUACUUGUGGCAAGGUGUAAUCAUCAAUGGCAAUCAAUCAACUGAGAAGAGAGUGGAGUUAGGAAAAUCACUUAAUUUGAGUUCAAAGCAUAUUUUAAAUUUGGUUAUAAAUAAUGGAAACUAUUCAGGAGUGGGGCAUGAGGAGUUUAACAUAUGCCAGAAUGCACUUCUUCCAGAGACUGAUACCAUGCAUGCUGAAGAGAAACCUGAUGAGCUUAAUAUAUCCGAGAAAUUACAGAGACAUCAUGAGCAUCUUAGUCAACAUCCCAAGAUUCCAACUGGGGAACCUUUUGAAUAUAGUGGAAAAGGAAGAUCCUCCAACACAGUGCCAAUAAUAUUUACAUGUAAGAAGGUUCAUAUGGGUGAGACCACCUGUAAAUAUAGUGAAUAUGGGAAAGUCUGUAAUAAGUCAGCUGUCAUUGCCCAAGAGAUAACUCAGGUAGAGAAAAAAACUUUUCAAUGUGAUGUAUGUGAGAAAAUGUUCUAUAAAAAGGCUAAACUUACUCAACACCAGAUUAUACACACAGGUGAGAAACAUGAUAAAUACAGUGAAUGUCAGACAUCUUUUAUUAAGAAAUCAUACCUUAUCUCAUAUCAGGAAACAUCUACAGGGAAGCAGUUUUAUCCAUGUAAUGAACAGGAGAAAUUUUUGUAUCAAAAGUCAGACUUUACUGUGCAUCACAGAAUUCCCAUAGAGGAAAUGUCCUAUGGAUUUAUUAAGUGUGCCAAAAACUUUCAUGAGAAUUCACUUAUCAGCUGUCAUCAGGCAAUUCACACAAGUGAAAAAUCUUGUGAAUGUAAUGGAUGUAAAAAAUCUUUCUACCAUAAUUCUACCCUUACUAUAUGUCAGAGAGUUGAUGUGAGCAAGAAUCCAUAUGAAUGUGAAGAAAAAAUCAAACUUCAGCAAGCAUAA